CACAGACAGCAGCGGAUGUUGGGCCAGUUGUUAAUUUUACAUCAGAGAUUGAUUUCUUUUUUUAAUCAGCAAACAUGUUCAGGCAGGUAAUUGGAGUGAGGUCACAGGUCAGCCAGAAUCUCAUUGAAGGGAAUAGGAUCGAGGGGCUGAAUGGCCUACUCCUGUUCCUAUACUCCAAGGAACAAUUUUAAUUCCAUGAUGAUUGGAGAAGGGUCACUGGACUGGAAACGUUCACUUUGGUUUCUCUCGGUAGGUGCUGAGUUUCUCCAGCAAUUUCAGAUUUUGUUUCAGAUCUUCAAUAUCCGCAGUACUUUGGUUUAUUAAUUCCACAGUGGGAUUUGGACUUCAGUCUCCAACCAGAAGCAUAAAUACUUUGGUACUGCCGCCCCAGGGUAUGUGAUUUGUUUAUUGUCUGUCGACAUUAAACAGUUCCGGAUCCCUUUAAGAGCAGAACCCGGAAGCCGGCCGGCUGCUUUUCCCCUCACUCUGUGUCAGUUUCAUUGUAAGAACUUGCUGAUAGUUUCAGAAGUUUGGAAUGGAGCUUCGGAAGUUUGAAACUUCUCUUUCCUGACCUCUCCAGCAACUCAGGGAAACUUUGUCAAGUAUUUCCGAAGAAAGAAAACAGUUCUCAGACGUUCGGAGCAGUGUGUUCCCUGCUCCGUGAUGGGAACAGACUCUCAGGAUCGCGGGAUGGUGGUGAAUAAGCAGUACAGCGAGGAGAGGCACAGCCUCAUCGUCCUAAAGAAUGAAACCAAACUGGUGAUGGACGCCUUCCUCCAGAGAACGGUGAUGUUAGAGGAGGGCGCGAAUAUAGGCCAUGUCGGUCGAUAUUACCAUGACAGCAGGAAGUUCAUUUCAACGAGUCCAAAGAGUUCAGAUUCUAACUCGGCUGUGAAAUCUCACAUCCGGCGAAAGUCGAAUCGUAAAGGGAGUUUGGAGCAGGAAACGGAGGAGGAGAAGAAGAGGAGCCUGAAGCGAACGGAAGGAGCCGAGGACAAUGUUGGUUGGGAUACCGAGGAUGAGGAAAUCGCCAAGGCCGAAGAGAAAAAACACGGCUUCAGGACAACGAUCAAGAAGCUGAUCAGGCGGCAGAGGAAGAAAACCAGCAGUGAUAAAUCUGUCAAAAAGUCCAAGGAUUCUUUGGAUCUACUCGAAGAUGAUGGAUCUGGGAAGCAUGGCAGUAGAGGUGAUUCAAAGAGUAAUUCGAUGAAAAGGCAAAAGAAUGUGAACCAUUUGAUCUCUGGCACACACGGUCCAGUAGAGGUAGAUACCUGCAAUGUGAGGGAAGAGGCUGCAGAGGAGACCAGUAAACAUAGCUCCAAGAAGAGUGGCACUAAGAAACGUUUCAAUCUGUUUCGGAAAUAUUCGCAGGGGAAAGUUGGAGAAGCUCCCGUCGUGCUGGAGAACGAUCAGGAGCCCAGGCCUUCCUCACCACGGCCCAAUACACUGCACCUAAUGACUGACCACGUGAACAGCAUGGACAAAGGGUUAGUCCAAAGUGAGAAGGUGGAAUUCUAUUCAAAAGUGGCCAAGAAACUGGAUAAAUUAGCUCAGCAAUACUGCGCGCAGUCAGAUGUUGACCGACUGAGCCCGAGCAUCGAGAUUCGCGUGCCAGAAACGGCGAACAAUAAUGAUCCGCAGAAUACGGUGACUGAGAAGGAGAAGAUGAUCGAGAAGAUCGUGCUGUUGUUACAGCAACAAGGAGAUGGAAUCAAUGAGAAGAUGAAGGAAGACCCGGUUCUCCAACGGACCGUGAGCCGCAUGUCCUUCCGGAGCUUCUCCCAUUUGGUGGAUGUCUUCACGGCCAAUGUCGAAGAGCAGCACGGGGGUCCCGCUGCUAGUCCCGAGCUGACCAAGAUCGCGCUGACCAUGGAGCUCACCCGCAGGGUCGCUGGGAUCAGCAGCCAUCCCGUGCAGCAGCUGAUGGGCUACAGCAUGCAGUACAUGGACAUGUUCGUGCCCUGGCUACAGGAGAAUGGCGGAUGGACAAAGGUGUUGCCUAUGGACAACGAAUCUGAAUAUCAAAUUGACUGACAUCUGCCAGAGAAAUGGGAUUCGAGCCCUCUGAGGAUGGGGGAGAGCUGGCUUUUCAAUUUGCUCUCAAAGGAAGAAAUCUGAACAACUUCUUAACCUUGGAAAUCCAUUCAAAGUAUUCAACUGGAGCUGCACUGGCAGGUGAAUGCUGAAGAGAGCCUGAUGACCAGCCAAAAACGUUUCUGUCUCCAGAUGUGAAAGACUUGGUAAAUUCUGCUGGUUUUUCAUGUUUGCUGAGUUGCUACGCAACAGUUGAACUUUAAGCCAGUGAGUUGGUGAUGCACUCUAUACCACUGUGUGCACGAGUCAACAUUUUUCAUUGGAAGAAACAACUUGAUAUUUUUCAAAACGUCUUUUGCAGCAACUUAUUGUCCUAAUUACAUAUAACUUUCUAAUUUCUGAUUUGAUGUAAGUCACCUUACACUGUUUAGCACAUCCCAAGUCUGUCUUGGAGGUUGCUGAAUUACUUCUCCGCUGUUACCAGUUUCCCCAAGUUAUAACAUCGGUUGAUCACAGGAAGACAGAAACAUUUUCAGCAGAGAAAGAGGCCAUUCAGCCCCUAGUGUCUGCAAUGGCUGAUAAAGAGCUAUCCAGCCUAAUCCCAUGUUCCAGCCCUUGGUCUUGUAGUCCUGUGGUUUUCCAGCACUUUGUGUUUCUUUACAAAGUGAGACAGCCCUUGAGACCAUAUGCAGUGGAUGAUAUAUCAGUUACAGAAGUGUUGUGGCAUAGCAGGAGGCCAUUUGGCCCCUCACGGCUCAUUAAAUGAGCAUCAUUACCUAAUGCCUGUCUCCUGCUUUCCCGCCCAUAUUUUUAUCCCAAUAGCCCUCCAAUGUCCGUUUCAAUGCCCCCUGUCUCUGUCAUAUUUCCAGGCAGUGCAUUCCAUACAGAGGAGCCAAGGUCGGGGCUGGAACAUCUUGAGAGGAUUAGAGCUGGUGAGAAAUUUACUUGUCAAAAUGCAGUGCUCAGAGAUCUACCUCAUUCUCUCCUCAGUACCUUGUUUAAAGGUUUGUGGUUUUUGAUUUGGAAUUGCAUGUAGCAAUAUCUAACCGAUUUGACCAAUAAGUGAAGACAAUCCAUAACUUGUGUCAGUCAAACCUUUAACGUUCUGAAAACUGGAUACGUAGGCUGCAUCAUCAUUUGGGCACUAUUUAUCAAUGUGAUACUGUUCAGGACUAAUAUGGAAGAGGGGAAAAGAAAAUUGGGGAGACAUUAUCAAGUUGAGUACUGGUUCAGUACAAGGUGGGAACUGACGUUGCAGGUGAACAUCUCCAAUCUUUUCCAAAGUAACCAGACCCAUUUACUUAAAAUGAUACGUAUUUCCCAAUUUUUCCCAUGAUCUUUCCCCUCCUGUGUGUAAUUGUGAUAGAUUUGGAGUGGGACUGACAAGUGUAUGUUGCAUUCCCCAUGGGGAAGUAGUCAAGGAAGCUAACUUCUUGUUUCCUUUCCCACAUUGCAACCCAAACAGAAGGGUUGGGCAUUUCCUUGUUCAGUCCCAUCCCUUAGCAGGAAUUUUGAGAUUUUCCCUCGAUCAGGGGAGCAAUGAACUAAUUAUGAUACACAAUUCUCCAAGGCCGAUUAUCUAUACUUACUGCAGAAUAAUGUUGGGUGCAGAUUACUAAUCCUCGAAGACUGGACAAUGACUGACCAGUGAAUACCUCCUUUCAUUUGGCAAUAUUCUAGAUGUUACUAGAACAGCAACUCUCUCUUGACUUUUCAACAGUUGUUACCUGUAAUUUCCCCAUGGUGUGUUCUGCAUUUGUAUUAUGUGCUAAAUUCUAUGCAUCUACCACGAUGCAGAGAAUUGUAAGCUGCUGUGCACCACUAAGAAUGUCAAUGAAGGAGUGCCCUGAUGUAUUGGACUGGUAUUGAUGAGAUGGUACCAGAUAAAGGUGGGCAAGCCUAUCAAAUGCCAAAUGAAUUUUUUGCCAAAGUGAAUGGUGGAGUCAUUGCCCCUCAAUGAUAUUUAGCAGUAGUGAGAGGGAGUCCUGAAUGUCAAUAUUGGGAUAAUGAAUUGCACACUUGUAGUUUUAUAACAUCUGUGAUACUCCAACUUUUAUUGAACUAACUAUAAUCUGUUAUCCGCUUAAUGGUGACAAGAGUGAGGGUGUUGAAGGUUUGGUGCCCUCCUAUUCUUUGAGUGCUGGGGUACAGCCUCUUUGACUUUCGAAUUACAGCAAACUUUUUAUUAACCAGCUCCAAUGGGGACUAGGUGUGUGCCAGUUGACCAAAUAUUCCAGGAUAAAUGCAGUAAGCCCUGACCGAACAAAACUCAGAAACAUCUACACCCCUUCUAAAAUCAAUGUAAAAACACACAGUACCUAAUAAAAAUGUAAUUCAGGCAGUAUGCACAUCUAUUAUGCUUUACUUACAGUAUAAUAUGUAGGUAUUGCAGCAGUGGAGGUACAUAUUGUUUAUUGAGGGUGCUGGUUAAAACAAAGUUUGCUGUAUUAACUAAAGUUUAGGAAGCACCUCUACAAACUUCUACCUUGAUUUUUUAACUUGUUCUGAGCUCAGCUCAAACCUGGACAUAAUUGGGUUUGGGUUAGUUGCUAAAGAUCAAAUCCCAUCUAACAAUGCACUUUCUACCUUCCUGGUUAAUUACAUGAUAUCAAUGACAUAACGCCGGGCUAUAAUCCAAUAGGUUUAUUUGGAAGUACAAGCUUUUGUAAUGCUGCUCCUUUGGCAGGUAGCUAGUGGGGGAGGAUCAUGAGACACAGAAUUUAUAGCAAAAGAUCAUAGUGUCAUACAACUGAUAUAAUAAAUUCUGUUCUACUCCAUCUACUGCAGAAUGGUGUUGGGUGCAGAUUGCUACUCCACUCGCUAUGAUGAAAGAGCAGUGCUCCGAAAGCUAGUGCUUCCAAAUAAACCUGUUGGACUAUAAUCUGGUGUUGUGUGAUUUUUACCAUUGUCCGCCCCGGUCCAACACCAGCAACUCCACAUCACGAUGUAAACGAUCACUGUUAAUCAAUCCCAGUGAUUGAUUUUGAUCUUUGAGUCUAUAACAGAGCCAGGUAUGAGGUGGGGGAGAAACUCCCAGUGAGAGGAGGCUUUAGGGAGCCACCAUGCCAAACACGCUUCACUCGUCACCCUAUCAUGUUACGGUUCACCAAUUUUAUUUUUAAGAGCCAAGCAUCAACUUUCACUGAGAACAAUAUAGUCCCUUGGCAACUUUAAAAGUUUACCUUCAUUUUAAAAAUCUUUUAAAAUUGUUUUAGACCUAUCUUUUACUUAAUUGCAGAAGUCAAAGAGCCAGUGAGCAAACACAUCGCAAGUUUCAGUAGGUGUCAGUUGGACAGUUAACAUCAACCAACCAAAGUUAAAUGAACACAAAAGUUAAGAUUUUAAAAGAAUAUUUUGAUGUAAGCCCAGCACUUGCAGUCUUUGUGGACACCCAAGGAUCAAGACGACAACUCAAUGUGAGCUUUCUCAGGGCCAUUAGGGAAUGGGCAACAAAUGCUGGCUGAGCCAGCGAUACCCAUGCCCCGUGAACAAAUAUUUUAUGGGCAAUGGCUGGAGUAUCUGAUAUUACGCACCAAUUAAAAGUGUGUUCCAAAUGUUGCGAUGCAGCAACAUUCUUCAUAACCUUUGCACUCCAAUUCCUGUCAGUCAUAUGGAUGGCCAUCAACUAGCAAGGCCCUUGCCCUGCCCUGUCUCCAUAAUGAACUCCAAAUUCCUGCUUUGACUACAAAGCCCACUCCCCAACUUGCCGGCCCAUGGUAUAGUUGCUGUUGCUUGUUGUCUUGACCAUAGCAAACCCCACCACAUCUAUGAUAAGUCAUUAGAUAUUUACACUAUUUGGGCGGAGUCGGGAAUCAUGGUUUGACUUAUAAGACACUUUAAAGCAAACUGCGAUCCAACCAUCAUCCAUCCCCAUGACAUGUGGAAUGGUUGUGUGGAAAUGGCUCUUGCCUGUUUUUUGCUACAUCCUUUGUCCAGGACUUGAGGGAAGUCACAACAAAAAGUCUUUUCAGAAGUACCUCUCCCAAGUGCUUUCAGAGGGCCUCCAGGAACAAUGUCUCCUCUUGAGAUUAACCUCUCUGUGGUCUGUGCUCUCAACUAAAAAUGGCUUGGUGGCGAUAGGAGGGGUGGUAUAACUGGCCUCUCGCUCUACUGAGUUGGGGAAUCUGCCCUUUUUUGGUCAGUAUUAAGUGCCCCCAUCACCUUUGUAUGUGCCAACAUUGGACAAUCAGACUAGGCAACGAUGCCUGCUGCAGUUGAACAGCUUGCUGCAGUUUGCUCUUGAUGUGGUAUGAGUUUGAACAGGUUGGGGGGUGGGGUGCAGGUAGUCUGGAUCUGCUGAUGGAUCCAUACUACAAUAUGAAUUGGCACAUGUUUUUAAAAAGGGCCUAAGAACCAGACUCCUAAAUAAGCUUGACCACUACUAUAAAACCUGGUGUGCAAGUUGCUCUCUCAUAAAGCUGCCUUAUCAAUAAAUGCAAGUUUUAAUUUGUAGAGCAGUGACUUCUGCACUGAGGUAUGUUCUGUAUAUUUGCUUUUAAUGUAAGCAGAUUGGUAUAUAAGAUGUUUUGUGCAUUUAAUAUUUGUUUUGUAAAAUGUGAAAUUGUUAAUGGUUUUUAAAUGAUUCAUAUUAU